GUCGUGCGAACAAGUCGGAAAUUAAAAAUAUUUUCAUGACAGUGAAAUAAAAUUGUGAAAUAUUUUUUAAGUUUUUUUAUCACAGAUUGUUAAUUAAAUUCAUUCCAAAAAUUAGACAAAUUAAAUUUUACAUUCCUGAAAAAAAAAUAUUGAAUUGAAUUAUCGACGUCCACCAAUUGUCAAUUUAAAAUAUUGUAACAUUAUUAAAAUUUACACAUAACUGCAGAUAAUAUAUAAAUUGUGAAACAUGAUACAUCUAGUGAGGUUCUAUACGUGUCUAAUGAUUGUAUUUAGUGUGGCUAAAUUUAUCGACGCAUCCUGUUUAAGCUAUGGACAUUCUUGCUGGGGAGCACAUGGCAAGCGAUCUUACAACCCACAGAGAGAUGUUAAAAGCAAUGACUUCAAUCAUUGGGCUGCUUUGAAAUUCCCAGAAAAGGCUGAUGUCUUUCCAUUCAAGAAGCUUUUUAGAGAUGGUUCUAUUCAGCAACAAAUGAGAUAUCCAAACAAUGAAGUACCAAUAAAUUUCCCAAUUGUAAAUCCACAAUUUCCAUUAUACGAAGAAGACGAUGCUGACAGAAGCUUGAGGACAAUUAUUGAAAAUUCAGAUGAAAAUGAGGAUGUUCAACAACGGCUAGCAGCAAGACUCAACGAAGAUCUCAAGCCAUACCAAACGAUGAGACUAGCAAAACAGAUUCCAAAUACAUCACAAUAAUGGAUAUAAAUGAACACGUUUCUUCCUUCAAUUGAACAUCAUAUAAAGCAUCUCAAAAAAUAUAUAAAAUGGGGAAAAAUAUUGCUGCAUAUUUUCUUCUUAUUGAUCAAAUAUUGUUUUGAUUUUUAAGGCUGGAUUUAAAACUAUAUUUGGUCAUCGAAAAAUAAAAAUUUAAUGAUUAUUGUACACUAAAGCAUUGUAAUUAUAGAUUAAUUAAUAUACCUACUAUUUAAAUAAAGAAGAGAGGUCAUCAAAGAGAGAA